AUGGCGCGGCCCGGGGUCUACGAGAGGCCCAGGUCGCUGCCAUGCUUGAACCUUGGCGCCGAAUCACCACGAAGCCAGCUUCCCCUGUACUGGCGGGCCGUUGCCGUGCUUUGCCCGGACAAGACUUACAAGGCAACCGACAUUGCCAUUGUACAUUUAAGCAAGCUCCUUGUCCAGUGUAACAAGUGGCUCCUCGUUCUCGAUGUGCAGGGGCCUAUGACGUACUGGGCUGUGGUUGCUGCCACGACCUCUGAGAUGCAGAAGAUUAAGCUCUCGGACACACUGGCCAAGGAGCUGGUGUUUGCUCUUCUGCGUGCCAGACAGCGCUAG